CAAGUCUGUCUGUCCUUCAACAAAAUAGGUUUGUUUAAUUUUGAUAAAUACUUGAAAAGAAUACUCAAAUGAUAAAACUGUAUUCCUUGAUUUGUCAUUUUCGCAGUUUUAGACCCUUGCCACUGGGACCCGUGUAUGAAUGGAGGAACUUGUGUCGUACACGCUGUCGAAAACGCAUACGCAUGUCAAUGUACAAGUUGCUACCUAGAUGACAGGUGUCAAACAGCUGUGGACAGAUGUGAUGCUAGUCCAUGUCAGAAUGGGGCUACAUGUGUCAUGACUGCCGACUGCCAAGCCUUAACUUGCACUUGCCCGGAAUGUUGGACAGGAGCAGUGUGCCAAGAACGUGUGAAUCAGUGUGCUGCAUUACCUUGUCAGAAUGGUGGAGCCUGUAUUCCGCUUGGAGUCGGAUGUGUCGAUUACACUUGUCAAUGUAACUCCUGUUAUACGGGGCAAAACUGUAUGACAGCUGUGGACAGAUGUGAUGCUAGUCCAUGUCAGAAUGGGGCUACAUGUGUCAUGACUGCCAACUGCCAAGCCUUAACUUGCACUUGCCCGGAAUGUUGGACAGGAGCAAUAUGCCAAGAACCUAUUGAUCCUUGUAGUAGCAUUCCAUGUCAGAAUGCAGGGACGUGCUCCACCAGCGCCGCAUUCUGUCUUUCCUAUGUCUGUACAUGUGACUCGAGUCACUUUGGGCCAGAAUGUCAGUACAGUUAA